CAGCAUCACUCCUGAGAUUGCUCACCUGCCACACCCAUGAUUACCAAUAUUGACUCUGGAGUCCACUCUGCGCAUGUCCAGAAGGAUGCUGCGUGAGGGGGGUCCACUCCCGUCUGCCUCUAUGUAACUCACUAGGCCUCGUGCUUUUUUUAUUAAAACACUGAUACACAGAAGCGGACCGGCUUCCUGUGUUUGUGCGGCUCUCAUCAGAAAACGUCAAGUCAGAGAGCAGCAGGCCGGAUGUGAGCGGAAGUGAGCGAGCUGUGAGCUGAGAGAGAGAGCGGACAGGGAGCCCGCUGCUGCUGCUGCCACCUCAACAUGGAGUAGAGAGCCGUUCCUGCUCACUAGCGGAUCCCACAGAGAGGACAACGCGUCGGCCUCCGCUCCACUCCCCCGCCGAGGUCUCCGCGGACUCUCCAGCGGCGGUUCUUCCUUACUCAAGCUUCGGAAAGCUCUUCUUUAAAGGAGAAAGAUGGCGAACGACUCUCCAGCGAAGAGUCUGGUAGACAUAGACCUGGCUUCAUUGCGGGAUCCAGCUGGGAUAUUUGAAUUGGUGGAGGUGGUUGGAAAUGGCACCUAUGGACAAGUAUACAAGGGACGUCACGUCAAGACUGGACAGCUGGCUGCCAUCAAAGUCAUGGACGUCACAGAGGAUGAAGAGGAGGAAAUUAAACUGGAGAUCAAUAUGCUGAAGAAGUACUCCCACCACCGGAACAUAGCCACAUACUACGGCGCCUUCAUCAAGAAGAGCCCACCGGGACAUGACGACCAGCUCUGGCUGGUGAUGGAGUUCUGUGGCGCCGGUUCCAUCACAGACCUGGUGAAGAACACAAAGGGGAACCAGCUGAAAGAGGACUGGAUCGCUUACAUCUCCAGAGAGAUCCUCAGAGGGCUCGCACACCUUCACGCCCACCACGUCAUCCAUCGAGACAUCAAGGGUCAGAACGUGCUGCUGACGGAGAACGCUGAGGUCAAACUAGUCGACUUCGGUGUGAGCGCUCAGCUGGACCGGACCGUCGGUCGGAGGAACACCUUCAUCGGGACUCCUUACUGGAUGGCUCCUGAGGUCAUCGCUUGUGACGAGAACCCCGACGCGACGUACGAUUACAGAAGUGAUUUGUGGUCUUGUGGCAUCACAGCUAUUGAGAUGGCUGAAGGAGCACCACCACUUUGCGACAUGCACCCCAUGCGUGCACUCUUCCUUAUUCCAAGAAACCCGCCGCCCAGGCUCAAAUCUAAAAAAUGGUCCAAAAAGUUUUUCAGCUUCAUUGAGGGCUGUCUGGUGAAGAACUACACCCAGCGGCCCCCGACGGAGCAGCUGCUGAAGCAUCCGUUCAUCCGAGACCAGCCCAACGAGAGGCAGGUCCGCAUACAGCUCAAAGACCACAUCGAUCGGACCAAGAAGAAGAGAGGAGAGAAAGAUGAGACUGAGUAUGAAUACAGUGGCAGUGAGGAGGAGGAAGAAGAUCCUCCAGAGCAGGAGGGCGAGCCAAGCUCCAUCGUUAACGUACCCGGUGAGUCCACCCUGCGCCGUGACUUCAUCCGCCUGCAGCAGGAGAACAAGGAGCGAUCAGAGGCGCUGCGUCGCCAACAGCUCCUGCAGGAGCAGCAGCUCCGGGAGCAGGAGGAGUACAAGCGCCAACUGCUGGCUGAGAGGCAGAAACGUAUCGAGCAGCAGAAGGAGCAGAGACGACGGCUGGAGGAGCAACAACGACGUGAGCGUGAGAUGAGGAGGCAGCAGGAGCGAGAGCAGCGUCGCCGCGAGCAAGAGGAGAAGAGGCGCAUCGAGGAGAUGGAUCGUAGGCGUAAAGAAGAGGAGGAGCGACGGCGGUCUGAAGACGAGAAGAGGAGGAAUGAUCGUGAGCAGGAGUACAUCAGGCGUCAGCUGGAGGAGGAGCAGAGGCACCUGGAGAUGCUGCAAGAACAGCUGCUGCGUGAACAGGCCAUGCUGCUGUCAGGCAAACGCAGGCCGCCAGCUCUCCCGUCUCUUUUGACCACCUUGAAUCAACCCCACACUCUGCAACAGGAGUUCAAGUGGCGGGAGCUCGAGGAGCAGCGCAAGGCCGAGCGGCUCCACAAGCGUCUGCAGCAGGAGCAGGCGUACCUGCUGUCGCUGCAGCACGAACCCAAACAGCAGCCUGGCGACAAGACCAAACCCCCCUCAGACCAGAACAAACCUCCACAGACCUCCACCCUGCCACCUGACAGAGUCCUCUCUGCGGCGCCUCAGACUCCCGACUCAGGUCCCUCCACUCAGACGGCAAACUCAGAUAGCUUUAAGCCGCAGGCUUCAGCUGCAGAAAAGACCGACUCUGAUGAGACAUGUCCUAACCAGAUCCCAGACUCUCCCAGCCCCCCUCAGACUGAAACCCCCCCUGACUCUGACCCUCCCCAGGCAGAAAGUUUGGAGCCCGACAGGCCCGCUGAGGCUGUCAGUCAUCCUCCUCAGCCUGUCAGAGAGGCCGACGAGCGGUACCGUAAGAACAUUCAGGGCUCCCCUCAGACCGCCCCUCCUACCAAGCAGCCCCCUCUGCCUCCCCGCUCCUCUGAACCGUUCUCCAACGGCGGCUCCUCCAACGAGGCCUCCGCCAUGCACCGGCCAAUGGAGCCUCAGGUCCAGUGGUCCCACCUGGCUGCUCUUAAAAGCAGCAACAGCGCCGCCCCCUCUCCUCCUCCUGUUCCGCCCGUCGCUCGCUCCCAGUCCUUCAGCGAGACCGCUGGCGGCGGCGGCGGCGGCGGCGUGACCUCUAACUUUGCACAACUCCACCUGCGCUCCCAGGACCCCCACCAUCACCAACACCACCACCACCCAUCGCCCGCACGCACUGACCCCCAGCCCCAACCUCCCCUCCACCACCCUCAUAGACUCGAGCACCAGGGCAGCAGUGAGGAGGUGCCUCCGAAGGUCCCGGUGAGGACGACCUCCAGGUCUCCAGUUCUGUCGCGCCGAGAGUCUCCUCUGCCGUCACAGCCCGGGAACCAGGGCGGACAGAGGAACGCCGGGAGCAACGUGGAGCAGCGCCCCCUGUGGGACCGCGUGGAGAAGCUGCAGCCUCGCCCCGGCAGCGGCAGCUCGUCCGGCUCCUCCAACUCCAGCUCUCAGGCCAGUCCCGGUGACCGCUUCAGGCCACGCUGUGAGUCCCCUGCUUCCUCCAAAUCUGAAGGAUCCCCUCUCCAGCGGCCCGACAACGUCCCCAAAAAGCCUGAUGAUAAGAACCUCGCCCGGCCGACUCGACCAGCCGACCUCACGGCUCUGGCGAAGGAGCUCCGCGCCGUCGACGACGUGAAGCCUCCCCACAAAGUCACCGACUACUCCUCCUCCAGCGAAGACUCGGGCACCACCGACGAAGAAGACGACGAGGAGGUGGACCAGGAGGCCGGAGAGGAGUCCACCUCUGGAGCCGAGGACUCCCGAGCUGGAUAUUCCCAUGGCUUCCGCAGGAGGCAGAGCAACGGCGAGACCGAGUCGGCGAAGACUAUGCUGGUGGAAGACUCUGAGAGCGACCAGGCCAUGACGCCCUCCAAGGACGGCACGCUGGUCAUCAGACAGAGCACCGCUGAAAUAAAGCGGCUGGUCAGUCUCUCAUCCUCCUCCUCCUCCUCCUCCUCCUCUUCCUCGGCUGGUCACGGCCACGGCCAGCCCCCACCCCCCGGGCACAGUCUGCCGGAGAAAAACGGCUUUGCCGGCCGAAUACACCACCUGCCAGACCUUAUCCAGCAGAGCCAUCACUCCCCUUCCUCAUCCACAAACAUCCCCUCCUUCUCCUCCUCCUCUCCAUCCUUCCCUUCAUCAUCUUGCCAUCCCAGUCCUGCCAUGUCCCCACAGACCUCCCUGGACUCGUUCACUGCCAUAGAGUCCCAGUCAGAAAGCAGCUCCAUAUCCAAACACAAGUCUUCCUCCUCCUUCACUCCCUUCAUCGACCCUCGUCUUCUCCAAGUCUCUCCAUCCAGCGGCAGCUCGCUCAACAACAUGGCAGCGUUCGGGCAGGAUGGCCGUCUGGCGGACCCGCUGAGGGCCGAGGCGUCUCGCAAAGGCUCGGUGGUCAACGUCAACCCGGUGAACACGCGCCCGCCGAGCGACACGCCAGAGAUCCGCAAGUACAAGAAGAGGUUCAACUCUGAGAUCCUGUGUGCCGCACUCUGGGGAGUGAACCUGCUGGUGGGGACGGAGAGCGGUCUGAUGCUGCUGGACCGGAGCGGGCAGGGGAAGGUCUACCCGCUGAUCAACAGACGACGCAUCCAGCAGAUGGAUGUCCUGGAGGGGCUGAACGUCCUGGUCACCAUAUCAGGUAAAAAGAACAAGCUGAGGGUGUACUACCUGUCGUGGCUGAGGAACAAGAUUUUGCACAAUGACCCUGAGGUGGAGAAGAAGCAGGGUUGGGUCAACGUGGGCGACCUGGAGGGUUGUGUCCACUAUAAAGUCGUCAAGUACGAGAGGAUUAAGUUCUUGGUGCUGGCCUUGAAGAACGCCGUGGAGGUUUACGCCUGGGCUCCAAAACCGUACCACAAGUUCAUGGCCUUUAAGUCUUUCGGUGACCUGGUGCACAAGCCUCUGCUGGUGGACCUGACAGUGGAGGAGGGUCAGAGGUUAAAGGUCAUCUAUGGCUCCUGCUCAGGCUUCCAUGCUGUGGAUGUGGACUCUGGUGCUGUUUACGACAUCUACCUGCCCACACAUAUCCAGACCAGCAUCCAGUGCCACGCCAUCAUCAUUUUGCCAAACACUGACGGGAUUGAGCUGCUGGUUUGUUACGAGGACGAGGGCGUCUACGUCAACACCUACGGGCGCAUCACAAAGGACGUGGUGCUGCAGUGGGGAGAGAUGCCAACUUCAGUGGCCUACAUUAGGUCAAACCAGAUCAUGGGCUGGGGCGAGAAGGCUAUAGAGAUCCGCUCGGUGGAGACUGGACACCUGGACGGCGUCUUCAUGCACAAGAGGGCCCAGAGACUCAAGUUCCUUUGUGAGAGGAACGACAAGGUCUUCUUCGCCUCUGUGCGCCAAGGAGGAGCCAGUCAGGUGUACUUCAUGACCCUGGGCCGCACCUCCCUCAUGAGCUGGUAGCCGCCGCGAUGACGACGACGACCACACCUUUAGCAGAGACCAACAGAAGACGAUUGUGACUUUGACCUCCAUCGAUGAAGAAGAGAGAGCGCCUGAAGAGCCUGAGCAGCGUGUCUUCGGUGCAAACAUCGGAUUGGACUGAGAUCCUGAAAGAAGCGAGGGAUUGGUGUGUGUGUGUGUGUGUGUUUCAGGGGACGAACAACACAACCCCUCCAGGUUUUUUCACCUUAACCUUUCGAGCCGACCCCCCUACUCCUCCUCCUCUUCCUCCUCCUCCUCCUCUUCUUCUGCAGAGCGUGGGGUCUGUCGCCUGUUGAUGGUAAAUCUUUAUGUGUCAUAGUAAAACUUUGCAUCGUGUAUGUGUGUGACCGGAGGAACACUGAGCAUGUGAAUGACUGACGACUCCUGGCUAAACGCGCCCGUUGCUGUAUCGGAGAAGGCGAAUACUGUCCGUGUGUUUAGUCCAGGUUCUGUUCAGGUAACUCCUCUUCCUCUUUCACGUAGAUUUCAAUUAACACUUAGCUCACAGCCACCCUCCUUUAAUAACGCCUGACGUGUAAAUCUGCCUCUGUGUCUUCACUUUUUUGCCUUCUCCUCCUUAAAGUGAAGAUUUUUUUAAGGGACCUUUUCUUGAUAUCUUCAUGACGACAGGGUACUGGAUAUCAGCUUGUACAUACUAACUACAUGCCUCACGUACUGUAGGUGAAGUCGGACAGAUGUAGCCCUGUUCAUGGCAGCAUGUUGCUUUGGUGUUCUCCACACAGAUUAGCCCCCCCCGUUUUUCAGACACUGUAUAUUUUGUAUGUGACUCGCUGCGCAUAAAUACAGCAGAGGACGAGGACACUUGAAAGCAGGAAGGAUCAUGACGUCGGAUAACAAACCUCCUCUGAGUCAUGAAGCUGAGUCAGAGGAGGUUUAAUCUCAGUUUGCACGCUCGUCUUCCUUCAUAUACAUCUCCAAAUCUUAGAUCCUGAUUCGAGGUCAUGUCAUUACACAGUCUGUCCAGCAGAGGGCAGCCCAGAGCGUCAGAGCAUCAUCAAAUUUCUGUAAAACCGAUGAAGAAAUUGACUUUUUUAAAAGCCUGAACUGCCUGGUUUCCUUUCGUACAAUCAGUCUUCAAAUUCUUGAUAUCUAUCGGGCUCAACCAGACAUACACUCGCCUACUGAGCUUCAAUCAGAUGCUUUUACUCUCUUGAAUGCAUUAAAAAAACAUCCUUUAAUUAAGAUCAAUAAGGAUGUGAGUUAUAAUCCUGCAAAACUUCUUUAAAAAUCAUCUGGAAGUCGUCUUUUCUCAAAACCAGUGCAAGAUUUACUUAAAUAAGCUCAUAAAAGCAAUAAAAGCUCAUGUUAAGAAAUCGGUCUUGAUCCCAAAUCAGCUGCAUCAACUGUAAUCCUAAAUCGAUACAGCUCUGCUAGAUAUAUCUCGACUUUGUCCAGCUGCAGAAAACAGCUCAUGCACGUCCUCGUCUGCACCAAGACGUCUCAGACUGCAUCAUCAAACAUGAUCAAACACGGCCGGUUCAGCUGUCUUUGUAUCAGGAUCUAGCUUUGAGUGACGAUGACGAGGAAAACAAAGGUGCACAUGUGCUUGGUGCACAGUUCAGCAACACAUGAAACCGGACUCAGUGCAGAGCUCUGAUUCUUCCUGCUUCUUUAGCUCUCUGGUAUCAGAAUGCAGACGCACCCAUAGAUGAGUUUUAAAGGACAAAUCCACCUUAUCAUCAUAACUCUGUCAUCAUGCAGACUCUUCUUUCUCUCUACUGGAUACAAAAACACACAAACACCCCGAAAUGUGAGCAGCAUCCUCUGCCCGGAGGUGGAUUUCUCCUUUAACAGGUAGGGCUAGAACAAACUGUGAAUUAGCAGAGUCAGCAGGUGGCCGUUCAGGUAGCAUGGAAGUGACGGUAAAGGGAACAUAGGCGGUAUGCAAAGAGAGGAUUUGAAGCCCGGUGUCACAUCUACAAUCAUUCAUCUCUUUACAGUUGCCUUACAAGGAUCUCCACUCCGACCCUGCAUUAAGGUUUUUAGGUUUUCUAGUGACGUUUGUAGGAAUAUGAGUCUAAACCAGCCGUGUGAUUCAAUACUGGACCUCUGUUUGACGUUUAGAGCUUCAGUGCAGACGUCAAACUGGAUCAUUCUCUGUUUUUAAUCUUCCUUUUCCAUUCACUUCAAAACUAAACGAUGAUAAAAACCCAAACACUCCUCCUCCUCCUCCUCCCCCUCCUCCUCCUCCUCCUCCUCCUCCUCCUCCUCCUCCUCCUCCUCCUCCUCCUCCUCCUCCUCCUCCUCUGUUGAAUCCACUCUGCAGCUACGUGCAUGUACGAUCGAUCAAAAUCAACAUCAGGACCCCUCGCCCCCGUCCCGUCGUAACUCUUACACCCUGCUCUCUGUAGAGAUGUUGCCUUCACUGUCCCAGGUGAAACGAUGCAUUCACUGUCUGCGGAGAAGGCGUAGAGUCACUCGUUCUAAAAGCAGUGUUAAGAAACCACUUCAGACGGCCAUAAAGGGGCAUAUUUUAAACUCUGGUUUAGUUUUUAGUCUUGUUUCUGCAGUUUUUAUCAUGUAACCUUCGGAUAAGUAUGCGACUGCAGUGGUUUUUAAAUUGUAAUGCACACCUUAUGUUGAAAUGUUUACAGAAGCAAUUGUUUUGUUAAACCAAUGUGCAUCGAUAUGAAUAUUUAUGGUUUAUUUUGAGGGCAGUUUCUCCCUGUUUUUUGUAUUUUGUAUUAUUCCCUUUUUGUACUUUGAUUUAGACGUUUGUGUACAGGAAUAAUCAACUUUUCAUCGCUCACGUUAUGAAUUACACAAGUCUAGAGUGUGAUUUCACCCCCUCCUAAUACAUCCUGCAUCGUGCACAGUGUGCCCCUGGACGCGUGGCGGCGUGGAUCCCAUGAUUUCUACCACCCAGGUGCCAGGUGACAUGUCCCCCCCCCCCCCCCCCCCCCCUCCUCCCCCUCAAACGUCUCUCUGCCAUGCCUCUCUAAUUUAUGUCCUCUCUGUGUGUACUAUGGGAAUUACUGUAUUUUCCUGAAGGUCUUUUUUUCCAUUGAAUAAAAUCAGAAGUAAUUUACA